AUGGAAGCACAGAGAUUGGAAAAAGAGCAGAUAAAGGAAGCACAAAGAUUGGAAAAAGAGACAAAAGCCCAGAUUAUGGAAGCACAGAGAUUGGAAAAAGAACGGAUAAAGGAAGCACUGAGAUUGGAAAAAGAGAAAAAAGCCCAGAUUUUGGAAGCACAGAGAUUGGAAAAAGAACAGAUAAAGGAAGCACAGAGAUUGUUAAAAGAGAGAAAGGCCCAGAUUAUUGAAGCACAGAGAUUGGAAAAAGAACAGAUAAAGGAAGCACAGAGAUUGGAAAAAGAGAGAAAACUCCAGCUUUUGGAAGCACAGAAAUUGGAAAGAGAGCAAACAGCACAGAUACAGCCAGCAGAGACACUGGAAAGGAAAGACAAAGACUAG